ACCAACUAACGAACAAGCCAUCUCCUUCUUCAUGCGCGCGUCGCCGCUAGCCCUAGCAAAGGCGCCGCUCUGCAUGCGCCGUCCAUGGAUCUCCCAGGCUCCUCCCUCCCGGCUCCUCCCCCUCCCGGCCGCGCGCUCGCCUUCUCGAUGCUCGGCGUCAGGAUUAGCUUCAUGGCCGCCAAGCUCCGCCAGCUAGGCUACAAUGAAGUGACGGCUUGCACCGAUCCAGCGGCGGCCAUGGCGGAGCUCCGCGGGGGGCACAAGUUCGAGGCCGUGCUGGUCGACGUGUACUCUCUGCGCUACAGCCCGGCGCCGGCCUUGGAGCUCUUGGACUGUGCCAUCGGCGAGAUGCACAUCGACACAUACGCCAUGUCGAAAACUGGCCUCCGUUAUGGACCCAUAGUGAUGGAGGAUCUCAAUAGAAUUAGGAAGGACAUCUACAAUAAAGCAUCCAAUGGAUUUGAGUCGCUGGAGGCCACACUGAACCGUUCAUGCAACAACACAUCGGUGAUGACAACCCCCACAACAACAAACUUAUUAAUCUCGGGAAGGAGGGCAACAAGGAGGGCGGUUAGAAGGACACAAGUAAGCGAUUCAAACAGUCAGGAGGAGCUGGUUGGAGGGAGUGUCAAGAACGAGCAGCAAAAUCCGGCUGAGAAGCCAAAGAAGGCCCGAGUCGUUUGGACUGACGAAUUACACAAGAAGUUUGUGGAAGCGCAUGACAAACUCCUCCCUGGAGGUAAUGUAGUUAAUCAUUGCUAUAUGAUUGUUUUCUUCAUUUAUAGCUAAUUAUUAAUGGGCUAGCCUAUCAACCAAUCAUACAUAUAUAUAGUUAAUUUUUCAUGUGGUGUUGGUAACUCUGUUUAGUGUUUAUAAGGUAACUUGUUUUCUUUUGAAUGUUUGCUUACAUGCCGUGCCAAAGAAAAUACUUAAGUUGAUGAAUGACUCUACACUAACUAGAGAGAACAUUGCCAGCCACCUUCAGAAACAUAGGAUGAACAUCGAUCCUCUUCGUAGGGGAAAUCCUAAAACAAAGCAUCAGAAAUUGACACCUCCCCAAGCAUCAUUGUCAUCUCCUAACUUGUCUCAGCAACAGGCUUCUCCUACAAUGAUGCAACCUUUGUCUAGUUCAAACUUUUCAGAGACUUAUAUAACACAAGGAGUUGUUUGCAUGAACCGUAAUAUGAAUGCCCAGCCAAUGGUCAAACCUUCCCCAAUUAGUGACAUGCAGGACAGUCAUCCGAUGAUGUACAUGCAAUCAUUUAAGGAUUCCACUUUUUGUCAAACUGAAUGUGUGUUCUUGGAUCUAGAGUCAAAAGAUAUGUACACUAGAGAUAAUAAAUCUAAACAAAAUAGCAUGUUGUGUCCUGAUAAUUCAGAUAUUAGCGAGAUUUUGGAUAAAGAUCCUAAGCCUUCAUGGGAUGUAAAGUAUCUCUUCUACAAUGGUGACUAAAACAUUUUGUGUGCACAAAGGACCGGCUUCCAGGGGACUAAUCAGUGGAGAGUAUAUCUUAAUUUUUGAAUACAUAUAGCGUGUUAAGGCGGACAGUGCUUAUGUGUAUGCCAUUUCUACCUAAGGUCAUGGUUGUGUGAGCAGAUUUGUGAAAUAUCAAUAAAUGGGCCACAUACUCCAAUA